AAAAAAAAAACUUAUAUCUAUUCAAGAUUAUAAAAAAUAUUUUUUUCAAAUAAAACUAUUUGAACAAAAUUUAUUUGGUGUUUAUUUUUCAUAUGUAGUAUAUAAACUGUUCCAUAUUCGCGUCCAGUGGAUUUGAUAUUGAAGAAGUACAAACUUCUAACUUUUGGGUAUGAAAUCUGGAUAUCCGACCAUGAACCAAUAUUAUCACUUACAUAGUUACACUUCGAUACUAUGUAUUUGAAUUUGAAUUUCAAUUCAAUGAACAUCGUGACUAUCAAUGGAAGCUGGGGCAUUCAAAUUUUAAGUUAGGUUUGAUACGAAAUAUGAGAGUGUUGGAUAGUAACUUCCGAAGAGUGAGCAUUGAUCAAUCAAAUUCAUGGCCGUGACGAAAAAUUCCUGUUCUCUAAACUGUAACCAAAAAACUGAGGAAAAUCCACCAAUUCCGAUCGACUGCGUUUCAUUUUCAAGAAGAAAUCCCAUUUCGGCUGCAGGUUAUUUUCCACGUUCAGUCCUAGAACUGAGAGAUAAAAUAUGCCAUCAUAAUAUACAUAAAAGUUGUGCUUGCAUCAGGUAUUUCAAGGAUGAAAUGCACCACAGGUGGACCUAAUUGUCAUGGCAAUGGGAAGAACUGUAGUAAUCUUAGUCUAAAAUCGGUGCAUUUUUUAUGGAUCAUUCAUGGAUAAGCUAGUUCUUUGACAAAUCCCGACUGUCAUUCAACUUUAAAGAGACUUACAUCAAAAAUGGCAUUUUGCAGGUGUGCAAUUAAAUGCAUGU